GCGGCUGCACCCGGGAAACUUGCAGAUUUCUGGAUCACAAGUGAUUUUGGAUAUAUCAAUAAGGCUGAACGAGGAGAGGCGACAAAUCAUGCCUCGGUCAUUUUUGGUGAAGAGUAAGAAAGCCCACAGCUAUCACCAGCACCGGUCCUUAGAAGAUGACAACAACAGAUUGGAUACGGUAUUAGCACAUAUAUGUGCAGAGAGUAAAUUUCCAGAGGACACAGAUGCUAUCGAUACAAGCGGGUUCAGUUCGCACUCUUAUCUGGCGGACACCGGUGACUUCUCCUCCAAGUCGCCGUACAGCUGUGGGGAUGGUGUGUGCGAUCGGUCUCCAGAUUAUGAAGACUUGUGGCGGCCUCCAUCACCCUCAGCUUCACCAGUUGAUUCCGAGAAAUCAUUAUCACAUUCGGUGGAUGAGACGCAGCCCUUUGCCGUACCGUUUCGGCCUUAUGCUUGGAGCACGUCUUAUCCGGGAUCUGAUACAAGACAUCUGGUCCAGCCCUACCAUCACCACAUUGACGUGGAGAGGAACCCACCCCUAGGCUUCUAUAGUGACCGGAGCAUCGAACAAUCCCUCUUUACAGAGAGAAAUCUUGGAGCAGAAAAUUACAGUGAUUACAGGGCUUCCGCCGGCCUGUUCGAGAGAAACGCUAUCCCCGCGUUGUUUACAGAAGGAAACAUUCAUGGCAAAAGUUCUGAAAUCAAGACUGACUUGCUGUGCUCACGUCUUAUUCUUAAUGGUGCUUAUAAAUGCAUCAAAUGCAGCAAGGUGUUCUCGACUCCACACGGAUUAGAGGUUCAUGUCCGCCGAUCGCACAGCGGGACAAGGCCAUUUGCGUGUGAAAUCUGCGGCAAAACCUUCGGGCACGCUGUCAGUCUCGAACAACACAAAGCAGUGCACUCACAAGAAAGAAGUUUUGACUGCAAAAUCUGUGGCAAAAGUUUCAAAAGGUCGUCCACCCUGUCUACGCAUCUUCUCAUCCAUUCUGACACAAGGCCUUACCCAUGCCAGUUUUGCGGCAAGAGAUUCCAUCAGAAAUCAGACAUGAAAAAGCACACUUUCAUCCACACAGGUGAGAAGCCGCAUAAAUGUCAGGUGUGUGGAAAGGCAUUCAGUCAGAGCUCCAAUCUCAUAACUCACAGCCGAAAACACACGGGCUUCAAACCAUUCGGCUGUGAUCUCUGUGGAAAGGGAUUCCAGAGGAAAGUGGACUUAAGAAGGCACAAAGAAACACAACAUGGCCUCAAAUGAAAAGCCAUAUCCACAAACAGUCUAAGGACCAGGACACCGAACACUAAGAAUAUAUAUAGAACUAGGUUAAUUGCUAUAGAACUAAUUGAAAAGAAAAAAAAAACGAACCACUUGAAAAAAGUUUCCAUCCCCUGUAAUUUUUCAGCAUUUUUUUAAUCUGAAAGAACCUGAAGUUCUGUAACCGAUGUUGUUCCAAAAACACCUUAGGGAAAUGUGGUUUUAUUGAAAGUUUGGAACCUGGAGAACACGGAGAGAGUGAAAAUUAAGAAUGUAUAUCCUUACCCUUUUUAAAGAUGUAAGGCAACACGCCUUUUGUUAUAUCAGGACAAACUAUGUCUUCGACUUUCGUAUAACAUUUUUCUACAAUAAUUCGGAUUUGUUUGGCAGCAAACGCAUAAUAGGCUAUGGCGAAGUUGAUGACAUUCUAUGCUAUGAUAAGUCUAGGUUCAAGUCAAAACUGUUCCGAAACCCUGGGGCGGAACUGUCUGAACCCUAAAUAUUUAUACAAGCCUAAAUAACUGGAUUAACAAUAAAACAAACCAAGCGAUUGUGUUUUGACAUUCGUAAAAUCAGCGUUUCUCCAAAGAAUGUAGGCAGGGCCUAUUUAUGUUUUCAGUUCAAGGAUUUGAAUGCGGGCAAAACAUGAUAUACACAAUGCUAGGCAAUGUGAUUUAAUGAUGGUUAUAGCCUAUUAGAGCAGUAGAAUAAGCUCACCUACUAAUUUUCAUAAACUAAUUCAGCCAUGUUGUUUCCAUCCUACUUUUCAAAUUGCACAUUUGUUUUUUAUAGAGAAUAUCAGCUUCUGUAUAUUAAGAUGUUGUUUAUAAAUGUCAAA